AUGGCACCCACGACGUUAACGCCUCAAUAUCCUGCCCAGCCUUACGGCUUCGCUCCGCCACCCUCCCCUCCUUUGGACGACUCCAACAAGUGCUCUCUGCCCUCGAUUUCGAACCUGCUUGUCAUGGCCGAUCAGGGAUCUCCUACCUCAGAGACAUCUCCUCAGUCUCAGCAAUUGCACUUCUCAAAGCCUGACAACCGUCCCAACUCUUCCCAGUUUGGCAACCCAGCAUCGAUCAGGGCGAACCUCCCCCCUAGUCCUCCCAUGUCUUCGGAAGCUUCUUUUGAAGGAUACCGCUCUCCUUCAAGCAAGCCAGCAAGCCAGUCUCAGGGCAGCUCCAACUACUACUAUGAGACCACGCCGCCUUUGAGCCAGCAUGAAGCCGACUCCCGGCAGAUGGCCACUGCUGCACCCAGAGCCCCUGUUCAGUCAUCAACCUUCCAAACACAGUACCCGUCGUCAGCCGGCUACUCGAGUCAGUCAGGCAUGAACCCUUAUUACCCUCCCAUGCAGCCGACACCCCCUCCGCAGCAGCAGAUGUCGGGCUUAUAUUAUCAGCGACCACUUCCUCAGACUUUCACCCCUGCUGUGCCAGUUCCAGUCACUCUCGCACCAGUCACGGGAGCCAACCCUUGGCAACAUCACCACUAUAUUGCUCCUUCUUCCACUGCAUCUUUUCCGCAGUCUCAAGACCGGUACAUCUGCCAGACUUGCAACAAGGCUUUCUCUCGACCUAGCUCAUUGCGAAUCCACAGCCACUCUCACACUGGUGAGAAGCCUUUCAAGUGCCCCCAUGCAGGCUGCGGAAAGGCCUUCAGCGUUCGCAGUAACAUGAAGCGUCAUGAGCGUGGCUGCCACAGUUUUGAGAGCAGCAACGGCAGAAUCAGUGGCAACAGCAACAACGGCGCAUCUGCCUAGGCGGCCAAUCUUCGUUUCUUUUCUAUUCACACCUCAUACGUUAUACAACCAACCUAGACGGUCCGGAUUGGCAUGAAAGGUUUUGAGAAGUGUUUAUCACCAUUUGCAUGGGAAAUCGGGUUUCAUAUGCAGGGAUCAUUCCUACAAAGCCUGGCAUGUGUUUACGGGGAAAAGGGCGACAAAUCACCGCAUACAAAUAGCGCAUCACUGCUUGGGGCCGGCAGAGAUUUCAUAUCGUUCAACAACAGGUACACACAAAGACCUGUAUGCGUUUUACAGUCUCAAAAGAUCGGGGUCUCUUUUCGGAACGGCAGGUCACGGUCUAGGGACUACAGGGUCUAAAGGGGUUUCAGGGAUGACCUUUAGGGUUGGCUACUCACGAAAAAGCUCCCACGGCGCGAAACGGGUUUGGCUUGCUUCAGCAUUUACACGGGCGUUCACGCGGAGAUGACA